AUGGACAACGAGACCUUCAGGUAAUGUAGUAGUACUGUAUUAGUAUUCUAGUAUUACUGUAGGACUAUUCUAAUAGUACUGUAGUACGUAGUACAGCAUGGAUGAUAAGACCUUCAGGUACUGGAGUACCUGUUACGGUCAAUUUGCAGGAUAUUAAGACACACUAACAAACAAACACACUCAACAGAGAGCCAUUCAGUUCUUCUAUUCUUCCUCUUCUUCUAAGUUGAUUCGAUAUAUCUGAGGCCACCUGUUACAUUAAAACUGAGGUUAUUGAUUCAAAACAAAGACCUAUAGACUUUACAACACAAGCCAAUGUAAGGCAUUGACAAUGAGACCUUCACGUACUGUAGUAGGAAGAGUGUGUCGGGUGUUCUUGAAUUCUCCAUAUUGGAUCUUAUAACCAACGUUUCAGUCAAUAGAUAAGACAUUCACCAGGGUUCUUUUAAAAAAUAUGCUUUACUGCGAACUACAAACUACUCUCCUUUUAAGUGUAGAACACUCAGACACACAAACACUCUCGACAGAGUCAUUCAGUCACUCUACCUGAGUGCAGUUGAUUCGAUAUAUCCAAGGUUGAACACUAUCACUGUUGCCCAUUAUGUAUCAAUGGCUAUAACAGAGUGCAUCAAUUUAAAACAAAGACCUAUAGACUUGACAACACGCCAAUCUAUGAGAAGGUACAUAAGGGAAUGGUGAGUUGAGUGUCGACUUGUUACUUUCGAUGUAUGAGUAUUGAUCUCAUGUUCAGUUCAGCUCACAAAGCACAGUAUGAACUGGAAAGCCCCUUGGCCAUCAGAGAGAGUGAGAGAAUAAAGUGGUGUGAGUGUGAGAGUAAGAGAGUGAGAGAGAGAGUGAGAGAAUGAGAGAGAGAGAGAGAGAGAGAGAGAGAGAGAGAGAGAGAGAGAGAGAGAGAGAGAAAGCCAGUGGUGAGAGGUUGAACUGGUACAUUCUGAGAAAAUGUCAAAAUGGGAGAGAAAAAUGAGAUUUGUCUAUUCAUGGAGAGAUAACAAGAAGACGUUUAAAGAUAAAGGGAUGACCUCACCUCUCCUGUAUCAAAUAUAAUGUCACCCUCUCCUCUCCUCUCCUCUCCUCUCCUCCUCUACUCUUCCAUCUCCUCUCCCCUCUCAGCAAGUUGACCAGUCUGGAGUAUCUGGACCUGUCCAACAACAACCUGAGUGUGGUUCCUCAGGGUCUGCCCAGGAGUCUGAUAUUGCUACACCUGGAGAGGAACAGUAUCCGCAGUAUCCCUGGCGAUGCCCUCACAGCCUGCCGUAACCUUGAGUACCUACUGCUGCACAACAACCAGCUUCGCUCCCACUCCAUACACCAUGCUGCAUUCCAGGUAGGCCAACAGCGCUGCAGGAUACUUGGGAUAUUUCAAUCUUAUAUAGAGGGCUAUAGGAUAUACUGCGGAUAGUUGAAUCCCCACAGGUGUAUCCGGCUCGAAGGUCCAUGAAAAAUAUUCUAAAUAUAAAGCCUGAUCUGACAGCUAGUUCAUUAUGUAUCUCUGUUAAAUGAGCCAUGAGAAAUCUGAAAUGUGCUAUGAAAUGCCAUUACAAUUACAUGAAAAUGUUCACAUAAAGAGUUUUCUCUUCUCGCCAGGGCCUGAAGAAGCUACACACCCUCCACAUGUACAACAACCAGCUGGAGCGUGUCCCCAGGGCUCUGCCCCGUCGAGCCAAGACACUCAUGCUGCUUCACAACACAAUCAAUGAGAUCGGACGCAACGACCUGGUCAUUCUCUACACCCUGACCGAGCUCAACCUCAGUUACAACCGCCUCACCAGCCCCAAGCUACACAAAGAGGGUACACUGGACCCUAUAUGGAGUAUAUGGAAAUGUUGUGUUGUGUUUUGUUGUAUUGUGUUGUACUUUGCUGUGCUGUCAUCUACAUGAAUACUGUACAUCUACAGUAGAACUAUAUGUGGCUCUUGCACACAUGUUUGAGAUUAACUGUACAGUACUUUUGUCUAUAUGAUUAUCUAUAUUUGGUCCUGCUGUAUGACACAUAAAUAAUUUCCUAACAGAUACAGUGACGUUAUCAUCAAAUAACUGAUAUGUCAGCAUAUAACUACAUUUAACUACAAUGAUUUUUGUAUCUAGUUUUUCUAUUUCGACAUAUUGUAAUGAGACCAUGUUGAUAAUCAUCCAGCCUUCAGGAAGCUGCGUCUGCUGGAGACCUUGGACCUGUCAGGGAAUGCCCUCCACUUUCUGCCCCUGGGCCUGCCCCGCUCCCUGCAGGUCCUCCGGGUGAAGGACAACCAGCUGACCUCCAUACCAGAGGGGGCACUGCAGGGCAUGGCCAAGCUCAGGAACAUCAACCUAAGCCACAACCAGCUUAGACUCAACUCCAUCUACCAGGGAGCAUGGAUGGAGCUCAGUGCUCUGACGGUGAGACUGGGGGCAGGGGAGUGUGUGUGUGGGGGGGGAGGGGUGAUGCAUGUUGAGGGAGAGAGAGGAUGCAUGUUGCCUGUGCCCCCCACCAGUCCCCCCCACCCAUGUUUCAGUGAAAACACACAAGUAACACUUACAGGUUUUCUGUGUGAUAAAGCUGGCUGUUGGCGCUGUCCGUCAUUUGUUGGACCUGUUGGUUAGCACUCAGACGGUGUAAAGAGGGAUUUAUAAAUACAGUGAUUGAUUUGAUUGAUGUGUUCCUCCAGACGUUGGACCUGUCCAGUAACCAGCUGUCCCAUGUUCCGUCUGACCUGCCUGAGUCUCUGGAGUACCUGUAUCUGCAGUCCAACCACAUCAGCACUGUCCCCGCCACCACCUUUGAGGGCACGCCCAACAUCAAGGGCAUCUUCCUACGGUGAGAGACUGGACACUAAUGCACGAACGCACACUCAGAAACACACACACACCUGAACCCAUUUCUUGGUUCAAACCCACAGCUCAUGUAAGUACCAAAUUCAAUUGUGAGUACCAAUCACUUACAGUAGAUAUGUGAAUUAAUACACUCUAUCAAAUCAGUAUAUACACGCACUCUCACUUAUGUUAUUAUAGAACAGUAAUUAAACCAUCAUUCAACUCCUGACCCUUUCCGUUAACUCCCAAACCCAGCAGAACACUCUCCUCUCCACUGUUCCAUCCGUGUCUGUAGCAUUGUUUCUGAAUGAGACAUUUUUGGCCUUCUACUCAGCUCAUAUCAUCACUCCAUUCGUUCAUCCUCUGUUGUGAGUGUGUGACUAAGUCCUAUUGAUUGAUGCCAACUGUAAGACAGAGCCACAUAUCCCCUAGUCAACUGAGUCCCAGGCUGCAUCCAAUGGCACCCUAUUCCCUAUAUAGUGCACUACUUUUGACCAGAGCCCUACUCAAAUUUAGUGCACUAUACAGGGAAUAGGGUGCCAAUAUCUGUAUUUGGUUGAUAGUUCCCUCGUUAUCCUUACUAAGUUUAUUUUCCGUUUGGAUCCAACCUACUCUGCUCUGCUGUGUGCGUGUGUUUGUUUGUGUGUGUGUGCGUGCGUGCGUACGUGAGUGCAAGCGUGUGUGUGUCUGCGUGUGGUGUGCUGUGCUGAGAAGACUGUUGCAGAGGAGGGAGCUGAUGAUGGAAUAAGUUGUAUUCCUGCUCUACUUCUGCGCUGACUGCACUCAUUAAAAUCCCUUACACAGAUACACUAUGUAUAUUACCCAUCAGGUGUUGUUGGUUUGUAGGGCGGCAGCUAGCUUAGUGGUUAAGAGCGUUGUACCAGUAAUCGAAAGGUCGCUGGCUCUAAUCCCCGAGCCGACUAGGUGAAAAAUCUGUCAAUGUGCCCUUGAGCAAGGCACUUAAACCUAAUUUCUCCUGUAAGUCGCUCUGGAUAAGAGUGUCCGCUAAAUGACUAAAAUGUAAUUAACUCUCUUAAUUAUCUGGUUGGGUUAUGAAAUGUAAAUUAUUUCAAUAAAUCAGGUAUUUUGCCAAAUUAAAGUCAUGAUUUCCUUUGUGUCGACAUUCUUGUUCAGCAGGCUGUUUUGCUCUCUUGGAAGGAGGAAUAUGCAGGAUAUAACAGAACAGAACCCAUGGUGGUAAAGUUUCAGAAAUAUUCCCCACUGUGUCUAGAUCUGUUUCUUGGCUAGUUGAUGCUCCGCUGCUUUUCCAAUUAAUUAAAUCAAGUCAAUGAUUGGAUUUCUAACUAAAACAGCUUGGAUCUGCCAAGUUGUUUUCUUUUAGUUUCCUUCCUUCUGUCCCCUUCUGACCUCUUCUUUUUCUGCAGGGCGGGCUGGGUCCCAACACUCUAAACCAGCAAAAUCAUUGUCUCCUCAUCUACUUGUAUCAUUUCCUUUUGCUACCACUGAUCUGAAUAUUUACUAGUGUAUGAAGCUAGGUUAGUAUCAGUUUCCAUCAUAUUAAUAUUUGUACUUACAUGUAGAACUCUAAUCAUUUCAGGUCAGUUUGGCCAGCGGUCAGUUUGGAAAGCAAACCAUCCAAGACCGUUGGGACGCUGCCCUGAGGUUUUGUCGGUUUGGUUUUGCGGAGUCUAAUUGACCACUUUAUCGGAUAAUGAACUUUACAGACCCUGACCCCGUCCAGCCCACUCUCUCCGUUCGGCCUGUUGGUCUCUUCAUGCUGUGGGCUCAGCCUCAGCAGCAUCUGCUGCAGUAUCACAGCAGUUAGGAACACUUGUUUUUCCACCAAAUCCCAACACAUCUGGGAGCUGCUGGCCUGAGCCAAUUACAGCCUAUCUGGAAUGCAGCAUGGCCUCAGUGGGGGAGGGGAGGUGGAUUUGUGUGUGUGUGCACAUCUAUUUGAGUCUGUUUAGCCUAUGCCUGCAUCUGUUUACAUUGAGUGUGUGAAUAUAAAUGUGUGCGUAUGUGAGUGUGCCCGCACAUGCGUGAGUAUGCAGCAUGUGUGAGUGUCUGGGUCAGAUAAUGAGUGAAUUAGAAACUAAGAUGGGUCGGAUUCACUGACACUCAAGACGUCAUAGAUUCUGAAGACAGUGGAAAAUUGGCUUGAUUCGGAUAACAUGGCCUUAUUUCCCCUUGAUGCAGUAUAGGGAGUGCUCACUAACUUAAUAGAACUGUGAAUGGAAGGCAAACAGACACUCUAAUUAGCUGAAUUACUGAAUCUCAGCAUCUGAUUUGUUUACACCACAUGUUGUGUCGGUCCUUAUGGACAAUAUUCACAUCAGAUUGGUUCUUAUAAUAUGCUGGUUCAGAUUCUAAACACAGCAUCCUAUCAGUUAGCAGCUCUUGCUGUGCUGGUUUACACAUCAAACUCAAGCAUCUGCUCAGUCAUCAUCACAUAUUGGGAAUUUGACUACUAACCUUUACUAUGUCUCCCUCUCAGGUUCAACCGUCUGUUAGCCCACUCUGUGAAGGAGAGCUCCUUCAAACACCUGACCAAUCUGCAGGUGCUGGACAUCGGCCACUCGAGCCACUCGGACCCCUCCGGAUCCUCCUCCAGACGAGAGGAAGAGAAGGAGGAAGAGAUGGAGAUGAUGGAAGAGGAAGAAGGAUUCACUUCAUAA